AUGCGGGCCGUUACACAGUCUGCUGUCCCGCGCGACAUUACGGAUGACUUCACAACUGCUGCCUCGAAGCUCCGAACCGGUCAGCUGGUCAAAGAUGAGUAUUUUACACUCUUUGAGGCCGUUGGUGCGCUCGAGAUCAUGGAUUCGAAGAUGGAUAGCGGAUACCUAGGCCCAGGGGAAACCAACGCGCAAGCCCUGGAAGACGACUACGACUUGAUGCGGGAGCUGGCUCCGGAGGAGGUGUUGGGUAUCAUGGACGAGUUGCUGUGCCAUGAAAUGGCAUGGCAUAUGGGGCAUCCUCUCUCUCAGACCCUUUUCACAUCUUUAUACCUUGACAGGCUCCUAUGGCCCGUACCUAAAACCCUCGAAGAUGCUCAUUUUCUCCGCGGACAGUCGCAAAUCAAUCAAGAGGUUCCUGAAAUAGUGCAUACAGUGCUACGUGCUUACUGCCUCGCACUUGUGAAGUCCUGCGAUUUUGUCCAUGCGCGAGUUACCACCGAAUACUAUUUUGAGGAGGAGGACUUCGUCACACAGUUGUAUAAUCGCACUCUUCUGUCACAGUUCGACUCUAAACAGUUUUAUGAUCUUCUUGACCGUGCAGUACGUUGGAUUGACGAACAGACGGGUAUAGUUAGUGAAAAGGUGGCGAAAGCCAUUAAAGCUCGCUUGCUCUUUCGGCGCGAGUUUCUCUGGGGGCUGGAACAGGAUAUUGAAGUCAUUGAGACACGGUUCGCAGAGCAGUUUCGGAAUUGUCUAUCUCAUUUGGACUUUUUGAGCGAGUCAACUGUCCUAGGGAGAGAAGUCCCCGAAUCCUUCAGCUGGAAGAUCCAACGGAAACUGGCUAGCACUGUUCCUCCUCGCCCGAUGGUGAAGAUCAGCUUUGAGGAUGCGCUGGCGCAUCUGAAAAGAUUAUGCCAGGAUGCAGUCGAUCUCCUGGAGAUCCUUGAUUACCGAGGGCCCUAUAACUUGAAGGUGUUAAUAUGGACUUUGUUAUCACGAAAGCCUCAGCCUUCUGUCUACAUACGAUCUCUUGUCCAAUCCCUCAUCGUGAGCAACAGGACCAUACUUGGAGCAGUCCCUGCAAAGCAGUUCCUCUAUGAUGAACUUGAACAGAUUGUUCUUCCAUCAAGUAUACUCCUGCAGGCCAGCGCAGACGAAAUUGAGGUGCCUUCGGACCCGCGCUUUCAAAUCGCACAACACAUGGAUGUUUUCACCAAAAGAUUCUCUCAGCCUUUCGUUGAUACAUUCAGAAGCGCCUGUUUGAACCGCUGUCGUAUCCGACGGACCGUCUGUCAUACAUUAGUUGACUGGGACAAUUUGCAGAUGGAAGCGGAAGAUCUUGACGAGCAGCUUCGCGCAUUGAGCAACGAGCCCCCAUUGAAACUAGCCAACGGCGACACCACAUACUCUUACCCCCUCAGCAGCUGGGCAUACCAUCAUAAACUAAGCCAAUUCCGCUUGAUCCUGCAGCUAGGAUUUGAGCUUUCCAUAUACUCGCCUGAAGAGCUACCUGGAAUGUAUUGGUACUUGUCCCAUAUCUGUUCUACACAUCUUGGCCAUAUUGACCGAAUUCGUACAUUUACGGUGGCCACUGCGAAACGCAACCUUACCGACUUGGCUGCCAAGAAGCGUGGUGCCUUUGAGCGCCAUACGGUGCUGCAACGAUCCAUUCGACUUCUUGAGAGGUUGACCACACAGAUCGUUGCCGUUGAUGCGUUUGCGAUAUCAUUACACGCUCUAUACGUCCUUCUCGCUCGCCAUUGCAUCCUGCCAACCACGUCUUCAGCCCAGGCCUAUUCCAGCGACCGGUUAAGGUACGAAAUCCGCAUGAAACCUUUUCUCCAGAUCGCCUUGCCGGAACUGGUUCCUUACGACGAAUACCGUCGGGAAGCGAUACUCGAAGGCGACAGCGAUGAUACCGUCUUGGAGCGUGCCACGAAAGCCAUUUCCGAAGCGCGAAAGGCUUGGGAAGCCACGCUGGCCAACGGUGCGUUUAUCCACGACUCUGAUGAGAAGCAUAGUCCCGCUCUUGCCAUCGAAGACGACUGGAAGCGUGACAUUAAAGACACGAUGCGGGCCUGUAUCGGUGCAAGUAUUGCGAUUGAAACCGUCAAAAAAGCCUUGAGAGCACAGGCGGAAUCGAGAAAACGCGAAGGAGAGCCUCAAUCAUUUCAACCGGUUCAUCUUCGGGUGGCUAUCCCGGAGGUCGGGUCCAAAGCUCGUUGGCACGACUGGUGGGUUGUACCACAGGUCUCCCCAGCGACCACGACGGGUGUUUCCAAGACGUGA